AUGGGCACAGACAAGCUGGUUCAUGCAGAGGCAAUUAGGGUGGGGGGGCAAGGGAAAGCAGGUGUCUCCUACAUAUGCAAUACAUUGGGCCAGAUAAACUCAAGGGGUCUAUGGUUUGGAGACAACCCUCUUGAUUUCCAUGUCCCUCUCUUGCUUUUGCAGCUCUCCCUCAUCUCCAUCUUCUACCGAACACUUCAUUUCUUUCUCAAGCCCUUUGGCCAACCCUCUAUUGUUUCUCAGAUUAUUAGUGGUGUCAUAUUAGGUCCUUCAGUUCUUGGGCGCAGUGCAGAAUUUGCAGCCAACGUUUUCCCAACUAAAGGGAACACUUUACUUGAGACCUUUGCAAUUUUUGGUUUCAUGCUUUUUAUCUUCCUAAUUGGCGUGAAGAUGGACCCAACUAUCAUUUUUAAAUCAGGUAAAAGGGCAGUGGCAAUAGGACUUUUAGGCUUCUUUGUUCCGUACGCAUUGGCUGGACUUGUUGCCUUUGUCCUCCAAAAAUCUCUAUCACUGGAUCAUGAUCUUUCCACUGUGCUUCCGCUUCUGGUAGUACUCCAGUCUCUGACUGCCUUCCCUGUUAUUGCUUGCUUUCUUGCCGAGCUCAAACUCCUCAAUUCAGAGAUUGGAAACCUGGCAUCAUCUUCUUCAAUAGUAUGCGAUAUAUGCUACUGGUUUGUUAUGGCAGUGAGAUUUGCGACAAGAACUACAGAGAAGUCUCUGGCAAUAUCAAUUGGGACCUUUUUCUCAGCUGCACUCUUUAUCAUUUUCCUUGUGUUUGGAGUCCGUCCAGGAGUUAUGUGGGCUAUUCAACAUACCCCUGAAGGAAAACCUGUAAAAGAAAUAUACUUUUUUGCAGUUAUUGUAGGUGUUAUGGUCUGUGGAUUUAUGGGUGAAGUUAUUGGCUUAAGUUCUUUUCUGACAUCUUUCCUUUUGGGCUUGGUCAUACCAGAUGGUCCACCCUUAGGUGCUGCAUUAGUAGAGAGGCUUGAUUGUUUUGUUUCAGCGUUGCUCAUGCCUAUCUUUUUCACCACAUGUGGACUAAGGAUGGAUGUUUUUGCCAUAAAAAAGUUGAAGAAUGUGGGCGUGAUUCAGUCACUUGUUCUCAUUUCUUUUUUGGGGAAGACAAUAGGGACAAUGUUGCCUCCUAUCUUCUGCAGGAUGCCAAUCCGAGAUGCCCUCUCUUUUGGUCUUAUCAUGAACUCCAAAGGCAUUGUUGAACUUGCUGUGUUGAUUGGCUGGAAGCUAGAAAAUGUCAUCAACGAAGAAUGCUUCGCCAUUAUGAUUAUCUCUGUGGUGAUUGUGACAGGAGUUAUCUCACCCCUUGUGAAAGCCCUGUAUGAUCCUUCAAGGAGAUUCAUUGCUUACAGAAGGAGAACUAUUUUGCACCAUAGGCGCAAUGAGGAACUGCAGAUCCUUGCUUGCAUUCACAAGCAGGACAAUGUACCAGCAAUUUUCAACCUUCUUUCUGCCUCUAACCCCACCAAAGAGAGUCCCAUUAAUUUAGUUGUACUCCACCUAGUCAAGCUUGUUGGUCGUGCGUCCUCCCUACUCAUCACCCACAUGCCUCGUGAGAAGCCUUCUCAACACCCAACUGAAUCAGAACGAGUCUUCAAUGCAUUCGAAAAGUUUGAAAGAUAUUACUCUGGCCAUCUUAGAGUGCACUGUUAUAAAGGCAUUUCCCCGUAUGCAACAAUGCACAAUGACGUGUGUUCCCUAGCUCUCGAGAAGAGAACAACCUUCAUAAUCAUCCCUUUCCACAAGCAGUGGGUUAUUGGCGAUAGAGUAGAGUCCUCUUAUGCAUUCAGGCACCUGAACAAGAAUGUUCUUGAUAAGGCUCCUUGUUCUGUUGGAGUGCUCAUAGACCGUGGGAAACAGAGGAAACCUUGGUCUGUAGUUGGACCGCCAGCAUUGUAUCGGGUGGCUGUGCUCUUCUUUGGUGGUGCAGAUGAUCGAGAAGUUCUAGCAUAUGCUGGACGCAUGUUGGAGGAUUCUAAUGUACUAGUCACACUUCUUCGUUUCUAUUCUUCAGCUGAGGUUGUUGGGGGUACAUCAAGGAGCAAGAUGCUCGAUACCGAUAUCUUGAGUCAAUUUAGGCUUAAUGCCUUUCGUAAUGAUCGAGUUGCAUACCAAGAGGAGAUGGUGAUAAAUGGAAAUGACGUGCUUGCUGUACUGAAGUCAAUGGAAAAUGCUUAUGACCUUGUUAUGGUUGGGAGACGUCAUCAGGAGUCACGGUUGAUGUCUGACCUUAGGCAACGGAACGAGCAUGAAGAGUUGGGAGCAGUGGGAGAGAUACUUGCAGCCACAGAUUUUAGAGGUGCGGCUUCAAUUUUAGUGGUGCAACAGCAGACCAAACUCUGGGGAUUGCAUGACCCUGAGGAUUCAACGCGAUUGAGAAGAGUAAAUAUAUAG